UGGAGGCCCCGCCGCUUCCCGAUAAGGCGCCGCGCUUCCCCCGCAUUCCCCUCCUCCUCCUCUUUGCUGCUUUUGGCGUCAGAAAUAGAAACGGCCAGAGAGGAGGAGGAAGAAGACGAGGAAGAAGCAGCCGCGGCGGGUGGGACGUCGCUCUUUGUAUUUGUGGGAAGGAGAAGAAGAAGAAGGCAAACCCGAGUCGGCUCCGGCCAGCCUCUCCAAAGCGACCCCUCUGCAAAGCGUACCUUCUCCUCCUCCUCCAUCCCUGUAUCCGAUUCCCUUCCUCCCGCACUUCUUCCCCAAAGGAAUAACAAAAAAAAACGAGGAGAACAAGAAUCGCAGAAGGGUUUUUUUCUUGUGUGGAAAGGAAGGAGAGGUUUUUGGGAGCCGACGGCGCGCCUUGGAGAGGAUCAUGGCGCUGGAUUUCCUCGCCGGCUGCGUAGGAGGUGCCGCUGGUGUGUUGGUAGGACAUCCGUUUGACACAGUUAAGAUGACAGAUAAGCCUCAUCACGGGAGAGUUACCUAGUAAGUAUAGACCAGGUGAACAUUCUGUUUCUCUCGGUCUUCAUUUAUUCCAACAUGUAUGACUACUAGUUCGAGUUUUAUAAACAAACAAACAAACAACUAGGAAACCAUUUAUAAUGCAUUCCUUUAUUCCCCCCUUUUAAGUUUUUAUGAUGUUUCUAAUGCUUUGGAAUGGAGGGAGUGGGGCCUGCAAGGUUGAUUUAGAGAAUGACCUUUUUAAAAUAAAACAACCUCUAACUUUUGCAAUUUGUUCUGUAGUGUGAAUAUUGCUUUGUCCCCUUUGUGCUUAAAGUUGACCAUGUGUAAAUAUGUUUGAGAAACAAGAUCUCUUGCAUUGCAAAUUUUAUUUCACCCACUCCUUUAAAUUUGGAGCUCAUUAUUUAUAUGUUUAUUUUCCCUGCAUACCAACUGCCACACUUGUAUUAAUAAUUUCUUUAGGUCUUUCCACUUGGUUGGUUUGUGGUUUCACACUCAGUUGUGUUCAAAUGCAAGUCUGUAAUAUUCUGAGAUAUCAUGCAAUAGAACUUGGCAAUGUAGAUGCAGAGGAGAAAGGGGAACUGACAUAACUCAAUGGCAUUUUUUAUUUAAAAAUAUAUUCGGGACAAGCUUGUAACAAUGUGUUACCAGACAGAUGCUCUUAGAUUUUCUAGCUUUGAUAUGUUCUGAAGACAUAUUGGUUAAAUAUAUUACUCUUUUUAAAGAAUGUUUAGGUUCCAAAAAUAGAUCCUUAAAUACCAAGGUUUAUUGCUCUGGCAAAUUUCACAAAGAUUUACAUGGACUGGAAUUUAUUUAGAUUUUUUAAUUCUGAUAAUACUAAUUGGGUUUGUAAAAGUCAAGGUAUCACAUAACCGUUUCAUCAAUUGUGGCCUCAAACAAAAAAAUCCAUGCCUGCUUGCCUGGAGAAAAUCCUCAAGUCACCACAGGCAAUCGGGUAAGUAACCAUUUAUAAAUCAAUCUAAAUUCGGCUAUUUCUGGUUUCACACGAAAUCCCUGCUGGACAUAUAUCUUGGUUCAGAAGAAUAAAAUGUGCUGAUAAGACUGCGGAGAGCCAGAAUCGUUGCAGCGGCUGCUGAAUUAAGUGCAAAGGUAUUGCAGUGGCUGCCUCACUUAAAUGAGAGCACUGUUUAGUGACCACUCCUGUACUCUUGACCCAAAAUUGAGAGAUUCCCCAAAUCCAUAGUAUUCUUUCAUCACCUUUUGAGGGCUUGUAAUGUCAUAAGUGUGUGUGCACAUAGCUACUUUGUAUGUACCCAAAUAAAGAUAUUCUCAUGCUGAGUGCUGGGUUUUUUGCCAUCUCAGUAAAUCCUUGUUACAUUUUGCAGGUACGCCUUCAAGUUCAAAAUGUAGAGAAGCCACUUUACCGGGGGACCUUGCAUUGUUUCCAGUCGAUCAUAAAGCAAGAAUCGGCCUUUGGACUGUAUAAAGGUAUUGGGUCACCUAUGAUGGGACUUACCUUCAUUAAUGCCCUUGUGUUUGGGGUGCAAGGGAACACGAUCCGUGCUCUUGGGAAGGACACACCGCUAAACCAGUUCCUUGCAGGUUCAGCAGCAGGUGCCAUCCAGUGCGUCAUCUGCUGCCCCAUGGAACUGGCUAAGACGCGAAUGCAGCUCCAAGGAACGGGCGAAUACAAGUUGAAGUCCAAGAACUACAAAAACUCCCUGGACUGCUUGAUUAAGAUCUACCGCAAAGAAGGCCUGAGGGGCAUCAACCGGGGAAUGGCUUCCACAUUCAUGCGGGAGACCCCCAGCUUUGGUUUCUACUUUUUGACUUAUGACUGCCUAACCAGAUACCUGGGCUGUGAGGCGGAGGACAGUUACAUUAUCCCAAAACUGCUUUUGGCUGGAGGCAUGUCUGGAAUUGUCUCCUGGCUAUCAACAUACCCGGUUGACGUGAUCAAGUCCCGCCUUCAGGCUGAUGGAGUUGGUGGAGUCGUGCGAUAUCAGGGGAUUCUGGACUGUGUUAGGAAAAGCUACCAUGCCGAAGGCUUGAGAGUGUUCACCAGGGGUCUCACAUCCACGCUUCUCCGGGCUUUCCCUGUAAACGCUGCGACUUUUGCCACUGUUACAGUGUUCCUGAUGUAUAUGCGGUCGGAAGACAACCAAAUCAAAGAUAACCAGAUUAGAGGAGAUCUAAGUGGGUGUGAAGCUGGCCCUGCGAUCCAGCAGCCCUCCAGCUUUUAGAUGUAUAGAUUUAUAAUCUAAUGCACCUGUUACAAAUUUGAGAUGCAAUCAUUCAUCUUUUUUUAAAAAAAAAAAAAUUCCUGGAUGUAGACACUGUACAUUUCUGUCUGUAUAAAGCUCCCUUUUAAUGUUAA